AUGACAGAUUUUGAGGGCGUUAUUCUGCUUUUAGCCGUCCAGCAUGAACGUGGUCCGAGAAAUUCAACGCUUCGUCGACAAGUCGCCUUGAUGCUUCAAGACCAAAUUGCACAUCAGCACCGAAGCGACAUCCCGCCCACCUCUGCACCCGCUUCACCCAACUUCGACAAACCACCACCCAACCAGACCCACCCGUUUACUCCCUCGCCGCAUUUCACUCCCACCUACCUCAAUGCUCCACUUCACAUGCUCGACUGGUGCAAUCAGCGUCCAUGCAACCCUCCUCAUCCAGGGUCCUUGUCAUUCACACCACUAGUGCCUGCGGCACCGCUCGACUUCUCAUCGUCGUGGGAGUCGAUGCUCAAGUGCGAUUUUCCAUUUGCCCUGUCCACCUCCCCUUCACACAGAGAUCUGGAAUCCUCAGGUACCACCUCCAUUUCUGGACACGACACGCAUCCACCAACUACGACCCCACAAUUAUCCAAGGCCCAGGCGUUUGGAAUCGAUCACCUCCUGAAUGACACUCCACCAGCAAAGGCGAAGGACAAGGUCGAAGCCAUGGGUUCGACUUCUGCGUUGGUGCCGCUCACACCAGAAGAAUUGGCGACAUUCAUCAAUGGCGUUUUGCUCUCCACAAUGACGUGGAUCAGCACAGCGAGACCAGACCGACAGGUGCUUCGUCAAGUCACACAGCCACUCAGUGCACCAUCGAAUAUGCAGAUGUCGAGCGGUGAACUGGCCAGCCUCAUGUGCCGCACCUGGCCUCGAGUGUUCCUCGUCGAAGCCAUUGAGGCCUUCAUUGGUGGCGUCGAGGGUAGCAAAUUCGUCAAGUUUCUGGGUGUAAUAUACGCCAUGGAGGCUUCUGCAAAUCAGGGUGAGUGGGAUUUGGUCAACGCGCUUUUCGAUUUAAGAUGUUUUUUUGCUGAAUCAUGGAACUCGUGUCUGAGUUCUGCGGAGGCUACUGAAAGGAUUGGCACGAUCGUAAGGAACAUUACCGAUCUGCGACCUUCACCUGAGGAGUUCAGCUUACUCAAGACGCUCAGUCUUUUUAGGACGGGGGAGAGCCCUGCAACCACACGCGGACACGAUCAUCUCCAAAGGCUGUGCAACCUUAUUCAUCACAACUUGUCGGCACACAUUCGAACGAACAGUUUCGCAAAUCGUGAGAGAACGAAGGCCUUGCUGCAGUGCUCGGCUGCGAUCGAGUCUGUGCCUGAGGUGGCCUCUUUUUUGCUUCAGGGAGUCUUUCAGAGGAUCUUCAAUUGUUCCAGGGAGAAUUUAAGUCGUAUGAUUGAACGGAUGACUCUUGCUGCAAUCGAGGCUGUUAACCAAGCCGCACUGCAACAAUCGUGA